CUCAGUCUAAAGUGUGACAUCAUUAUUUUAGUCCCGUGACAUGGGCACAGUCGCCGUUUGUGGAUCAGCGUCAUCAGUCUGCCUGUCCCAACAUCCCAAGUGGCCACAGAAACAGAUAUCUGUGCCACUGACGUCUGACUUCACCUGCAAAUCAAGAAGCUAAGAACUGUGACAGGAGGAUGGACAUAGAGUCAAAAGCAGAGAUGGAGACGGAGAAGGAGGCUUGGAAGGAGGCAGAGAAGGAGGCAGGGAAGGAGGCAGAGAAGGAGGCAGGGAAGGAGGAAGAGAAGGAGGCAGGGAAGGAGGAAGAGAAGGAGACAGAGAAGGAAGCAGGAAAGGAGGCAGAGAAGGAGGCAGGAAAGGAGGCAGAGAAGGAGGCAGAGGCCCAGGUGUCAGCUGACAGCAUACUAGGUGCCCUGAACACCUCCGGCCUAGAAGAGACCUCCGACCGCCUGGACCAGCUGAUGAAGAGCAUGGAGGCGCUGCUGUCGGACGUGGAGCAGCUGCGGGGCCACUGCAGCCACCAGGCCAGCGAGCUGAUGAGCGCCGCCCUGGACCUCAAGCAGCAGCAGGAGGAGCUGAGGGAGAGCUACACCGAGUUCUCCCGGGAAAUGCAGGAGAUCAUGGAGACGGUGGACGAACUGUUCAACACCAAGAGUGCCUUUGACGCCAAGGAGAAGCAGGCGCAGAAACUGAGCCGACAGCUGUAAGGGUCCAAAGGAUGGACAGACUCUAAGAGUGGUAGAAAGUUAAGACUGACGGGGGUGUGGUUUUAGUCUGAUGCUGUGGGAGUGAAAUUAGAUAAAAUAUGUGUGUGGUAUAAGUGUUUAAUUGCUUUGAAAUAAUAGUUUAAUGGGGUUCUGGAAUGUUAUUGUAUAAAUGUGUCGUAACUAGAUCUCACUGUGAAGGACGGGGUAUAAUGUGAAACAACGCAAUAAAACAAAUGUCACAAAUUACAGACUCACAGACGCCCAUAAAGUUGAACCAUCGUCUCUCUGGCGUUGGGCUCCAACCGGAGCAUUAGGCGCUCGGCAAAGCUAUAAUUUGCAGCAGGAAUUUUAAUCUGGAUUGCCGUGAUUUGGCUGCUGGCUGACACCGGUGAUGAGAGCGUGCACGUCCACCCACACUGCGUGUCAACGGCCGAUUUACCGUCACUCCCCUUGUCCCCGGUUUCUUUCUCGCCCACACGCAAACGGACACAACUUGCAAUCACGGGGAAUUUUUUUUUUUAUCGCCCAUUCUCAGUGUAUACUUACUCCAAUCAGCUCUGGAUGGAACCUGUGGCGCAGGAAUGUUCUGCUCCCUCAUUCGCAGCGGUACAUCUUCCAUAUCCUCAUCCAAUCCAGUCGUGCUCCACUGUGGGUUUUUUCUGCUAAAAUAAACCUAAACGAAGCAAUGUUUACCUCCCAAAUCACCUCCCUGGACUUUCUGAUCUAUAUUUAGUGGUUAUGGGACGUGCAAAAUGGACAGUCAGUCUCCAGCAAUGGAAAACUAAAUUUAUUCCCCCACAGAUUAAAUUUUAUUGUUUUGAUGUAAUUUCAGUAUUUUAUGAAUGUUAUUGCUUAAAAGAUUAAACUGUGUGUUAAAAACC